CAUACAUAUGUAGUUGUUUAUAUUAUCUUCCUCCAAAUUUAAGAUAAGAACACGCUCCCCUAUUUAUAUAUAUAUAUAUAUAUAUAUAUAUUUGGAGUGACACGAUGCAGAUGAUCAUUCUACUUAUGAAACGUCGACAUUAGUAAAAAUGUACACCGGGAAUAUUGUGUGGUUUAUUUUUAUUUUUGUCAUUUUGCAAAGUGUACAAAUAUUUUGUGAUAAUUUUAAAAAACCAACUAUUUUAAUUGAAAUUUUAGUACGAAAUAAAGCCCACACAUUGCCCUAUUUUCUCAGUUUUUUAGAGAAUCUUGAAUAUCCAAAAAAUAGAAUAUCUCUAUGGAUUCGAAGCGAUAAUAAUAUUGAUAAUUCAAUUGAAAUUUUAAAAAUAUGGCUCGAAAAGGAAAAAACAAAAUAUCAUGCUGUUGAUUUUUUAUUUCACGAAGAAACAAAUGGAUUUGACGAUGAAAAAGGAAUUGCCGAUUGGUCGUCUAGUAGAUUUUCACAUAUUAUUAAAUUACGUGAGGAAGCAAUGAAUUAUGCACGUAAAGUGUGGGCUGAUUUUAUUUUUGUGGUGGAUGCUGAUGUAUUUUUAACAAAUCCAAAAACUUUAGACAAUCUUGUCGCUAAAAAUUUGACUAUUGUUGCACCACUAUUGAAAUCUGAUGGAAUGUACAGUAAUUUUUGGGCUGGAAUGACAUCAGAUUAUUAUUAUAUUCGAACAGAUCAAUAUAGACCAAUUCUUAAAGGUGAUAUUAGCGGAUGUUUUCAAGUACCAAUGAUACAUAGUGCAGUACUCAUUGAUUUACGUAAAGAAGCAAGUAAUUAUUUGACAUAUUCAUCAAAAAAUGUCGAUAACUAUGAUGGACCUAUUGAUGAUAUUAUAACUUUUGCACUUGUUGCUAAUCGCUCUGGUGUGCCAAUGCAUGUUUGUAACGAUAAAUCAUAUGGUUUUAUUCUUGUGCCAUUAGAAAAUCACGAUGACGGAAUCGAACACGAUAAGAAGCAACUUUUAAAUAUAAAAUUAGAAAUUUUAGCUUUACAAGAAGAUCUUCCAUUGACAGAGAGUUUAAAAAAAUUUGUCAGCUAUCCAGAAAAAGAUACUGUUGGUGUAUCGCGUGUGUUUAUGAUUAAUUUAUUAAGAAGACCGGAAAGAAGGAGACGGAUGCAACAUUGUUUCGAAGAAUUGGGAAUUGAUGCAGAAAUAAUUAAUGCAGUUGAUGGAAAAACUUUAAAUCGUACUAGUUUGGAUUCAAUGGGUAUUAGAUUGAUGUCAAACUAUGCAGAUCCAUAUCAUAAAAGAUCAAUGACUAUGGGAGAGAUUGGCUGUUUUCUAAGUCAUUAUUAUAUUUGGAAAAAGGUGAUAGAAAAUAAUUAUGAAAGUGUAAUGGUGCUAGAAGAUGACGUUCGAUUUGAACCUUACUUUAGAAAUAAAAUAAAUUUCAUACUUAAAGAAAUCGAAAGAUUAAAAACAGACUGGGAUCUUGUAUAUCUGGGAAGAAAACGAAUGCAAGAACAAGAGGAACCUUUGGUUGAAGGAACACAAUUUCUCGUUCACGCUGGUUACAGUUAUUGGACUUUAGGCUAUAUUUUAUCGUCUCAGGGAGCAAAAAAAUUACUAGCAGCAAAACCACUUGAAAAUAUGGUCCCUGUAGAUGAGUAUUUACCAAUUCUUUUCGAUAAACAUCCAAGAAAAAUUUGGAAGGAUCAAUAUCCAAAAAGAAAUCUUGUUGCACUUUCAGCAAGUCCUCUUCUUAUUUAUCCAACUCAUUACACUGGGGAAAAUGGAUACAUUAGCGAUACGGAAGAUUCGAAAAUUGUCUCACUAAAGAAAGAAAUUUCAAACGAGUCUAGAAAUCAUGAAGAAUUAUAGGAUUUGAAAUCAAGAAGAUAGAAAGAAAGUAAAAAAAAAGGGUAAAAAAAAUAAUAAUCAAAAGAAUUGAGCCAAUAAGGUGAGAUUGAUGAGAAAAAUUGCCAUUUUCGUGCCAUUUAAUUGUAAGUUGCAUUAAUAUGAAUUCUCAUAAUUUUUAUUGAUUUUUUUUUUAACAUUUAUAACUUAAAUUUUAAAAAUAUUUCUUAUAUGGAAAUUUUAUAUACAAUUUUAAUUGAUUUUUUUUAAUAUUAAUUUUUAUCGCGCAAAUAAUGUUGAAGUAAUUUAAAGAAGGAAGAUUAGAGAUAUAUAGAAUAAUAUUUUCUGACAUGGAGGAUUUACAAUUUUUUAUAAAAGAAAAAGUAAAUAAAUAUAUAUAUAUAUAUAUUUUUCUGUUAGAAAAUUUAGAAAACUUUAUAGACUGACAAACGUAUAUAAGUAAUCAUGAUAUUGUUAUUUUAUCAUUAGAAAAAAAAAAAUUACGUUAUUAUAUCAGAAAAUUAAAAAAAUUAAAUCUUUUUCUGAAUUUUAUUGUUAUAUCUAAAUAAAUCAAUUCUAAUAUUAUUAUUAUUAUCAAUUGUGCUUCUAUUACUAAUUAAACUACGAUAUAUUUGUGAAUACCAUUUAUAUUGUUUAAUUAAUUAAAGUAAAAAAAAUUAAUAAAGUUAAAUUUGAAACAAAUUGUUUUUUUAUCAUUUUACAAAUUUUGAAUUCACGCGCAAAUCCUUGUGUUUUCUGAUUGGUUGAAAUUGGCGUCGCGCCGAUUUACAUAACCUCAAAAUAUUUGACAGCUCGUGUUGCGAAAUUAUUGUGAAAUUUGUUGUAUAUAUCUAUAUUAUUUAACAGCUGCUCAAAGUGCCAAUAUAAUUGUAAAUAUAUUAAAGUAUUUAGUGAAAAUUCUAUUUUAAUUAUUAAUUAAAAUUUAAAACAAUUGUGUUUUAUUUAAAAAGAAUUUAUCAAAUAUAUCUAAAGUAAAAAAAUACUCAAGUUUUGCAAACACGUGUUUGUUGUUUUUGAACAAGAAAUUUUGCCAAUCAUCGAAUUUCAAGAUUAAAAAAAGAAUAUCAAUUUCUAUUAUUAAACACACAGAAAAUAUUUUUGACAAAUGAUUGUUGUAAAAUCAGGAUCACAUUACAAAAUGACAUUAAACUUGCUGAAUUUCGUAAUAUUCUACGUUUUAGG